AUGUUUUGUUUAUGGUGUGUAACUAGUAUACAUUUUCGCACUACUUUUUUUUUAAAAAGCUUCUCAUCAUUUACGUCUGGUCAACGUUCUGAAAAUUCAAAUGAAUUAAUUCACAUUGUUGGAAAUGGGUUGUCAAUUCAUGGCACAGAUAAUUCCCUAUCAUGGAUUACAUUGUCAACAACAUGUGCUAAUUCCCCAAUUUAUGGGUGGGCAACUGGAAAACAAUCGGACCGUAAAUUCAGUUGUAAUAAUAAUAACAAUAAUAAUGGUGGUGUUAUUCAAAGUAACAAUGAUUUUGUUGAUGAUAAUGCACAUUCUAAUGUACCAGUCCCCAUUCAAUGUAGAACAAUUGGUGGUUUGCAUAAAAAAAACUUAGAGAUAUGUACAGCACUCACUGUUCCAACCGCAUCCUUGGAUUGUAAUUCCAAACCUAAAUAUCAUAUAUGGCUGAUUGGUCGUGGUGGUUCAGGAGAUUAUCUAAAUUCCGAUGAUUCUUCAUUAUCAGUAAAUCGUGGUUAUCUUGGACAAGUGCACAUAUUUGAACCAACAAAAUUCACUCAACCUAUUAAUAGUUUUGAUUUAGAUAAUGGUUUCUUGCCGACAGCAGCUGUUUAUGUAAAAUACAAUGAAGCUGCAUCAACUGCACCAUCCUCAAUUGAAUUAACCUCAAAUCAUGAAUACACUGAAUUUACAUGGGAUAUCGAUGAAUCUUAUGAUAAUAAUAGUAGUAGUAAUAUGAAUGAGACAAUUUGUAAUAAGAAUAAUGAUGGUUGCGUAAUUGUAGCAUCAAAUGAUGGACGAUUUCUAGUUUAUAGAUUAUGUUAUAGCAUGAAGUCAACCAGUUCGUCUGAUGUGGCCGGAAAUAAUGACGAUAAUAAUAGUAAUUAUAGUGAGCAAAUUGUUUCAAGUCAUUUCAAUGUUGUUGGCUUACCACAAUUAAUAUAUCGAUUUAAAACAAAUAGUCAAGGUUUAGUGGCUAAUGGGAUGAUUUCACGUGAUAAUUAUGUGUGUAUUGGUCUAUUCAAUUCAUUUGGUACAACUCAUAUUGUUUGCUUUCAAUGGCCAUUAACAUUUAUGCAAAAUCAACAUAAUCAUACCGUAAAUACAUCAUCUUCAAUGAUUACUUCUACAUCCAACAAAAUACAAACAAAACAUAAACUCAUUAAUUUACCGUAUGAAUCUUUAUCAACUGGUCCGUUAAUUAUGGCUUCUUCGUUUUCAUCCUCCACGUCGUCUUCUUCUAAUCCUUGUUCUACUGUGAUUGAGAAUAAUAUUUCUUCAAUAAAUGACUAUAUUUGGCUUGGUACAGCUGGUGGUGGUCAUUGUUAUUGUUUAGACGUCCAAUCUGGUGAUUUUAUAACAAGUUUAGCAUUACCAAAUGAAACUCCAUGUCUACAUGCAAUAUGCAUUAAACCGUCUACAACAGGAUUGGCCGACAUUGUUUGGUUAGCUGUAUCUGGCAAUCCUACAAUUUGUGCAUCAUGUGAGAAAAUUUCAACAUCUACAACCGAUAGUAAUCGUAGUAAUAUUAAUAAUAAAGACAUUGAUGAUGAUGUUAUCGUUAAUCAGAAAAAGUGUCAACAUAUUGUAAAUAGUGGAGUAAGUGUUGGAAUGGCACGUCUAUUAGGAUGUUGUCCUAAACAAAAGUGUAUUCUACGUCAAAUUGAUUUAACCAAUUCAUUGUCUUCAAUGUUAGAUAUGGAAAAUGUUACAGAUCCGAUUGAUUUAACUAUAUGUCGUCUACUUAUUAUACCACUGACUAGUGAUCAUGAAAUAUGGUUUGCUACUCGUUCUGGUCUUAUUGCUCGUUUACAUUUGGAUUACUCCAAGUAUAAACAUUCAUCAAAUGAGGUUGAAUUGUCCAAAACUUCUUCAAUAACAAUCAGUUGUCAUGGUUAUCGACGUCCUGUAUGCAAUUUACUAUUAAUUCAUCAAAUUUGUCAAAAAGCAAUUAACAAUGAAGAUUUGAGUUAUUUAAUUGUAUCAGUUGGACAUGAUUAUGUUGAUCUGAGACAAUUUCAAGAACAAUAUGAACAAAAAGAUGAACAACAAACUCAUCUUCCAGUUGAUCAAAUUUCUAGCAUGAGAAUUCAUGUUAAUCGUUCACGUCAAAUGGGUUCAGGUGCUCAUGCUAUUGUUUGGAGACUAACCGAUUUAUCCCAUUAA